UUUGCCACACAUAGAUAAAGUGCAGGAUGUCCAAGCGACUCUUGACACAAAGGUUGUAGAAAGAGCCAAUAAAGAAGACAUUUCUCUCAUCUCAAAUGAGUCUGAACUUAACAUAACACUGACAAAAGAAGAAAGUAAUGAGGUUGUGUCAAAUUCUUCCAAAGAUGUUGUGCUCCCCUUGGAACAAAACGAAAAUUCCCUCCAAUCGGAAGAAGCUGAUUUUAACAAGGAGGCCUCGCCAAAUAUUGAGUUGCUCGUCACGGAAUCUAAUGAAAUGGAGACAGUUCAACUUACUGAGCACGAAGAGACCUCUGUCGAAUUAGAUAUAGUUCCUAAUGAGCCAAGUAAUUCCAAGGGAGAUUUAUUGAAUAGAAGACCUUUUGCACCAACCCAAUUGAACUUGGAGUUUAAAAAAGAUGAUUCUCCCACGUCACCAAAAGAUGCUAAUCCUAUUAAAAAUCUUCCAUUACGCGUAAUAAAUCAAACAUCACCUACUCAACCUUUAAUAUCACCAAAAAUAAUGGAAUUACGUCGUUCCGAGUCAUUUCAUUCAACUGCUAAUCAAAAGGCCGAUGAUUCUUCCGUAAUCCCCGUUAAUACCCUAAGUGUCGAUACUAAUCUAGCUCGUAAUCCAACUACCGUUUCAACAUUAACUCCUAAAAGUAGGCGUUGGGCUUUAGCCCGAGGUGUCAUUAAAUCUGCGUCAAUACUUGGCGCUCUACCAAAAGGAGAACAGGUUGAUAAAGAAUUGCUGGCGAGAUUGGAGCAUGAAAAUUCGCAAUUGCCUCCCCAGAAUUCAGCCGAAUUUUUAUUAGCACGACUUGAGAAGCAAAAUGAAUUGUUGGAUAAUGAUCCGAAAUCAGUUUGCAUACAAUCUAAUGUACUAAAAGCAAAUCUUGAGACAGUUCAAUCAUUGAUUGAUGACAUCACGAGUCCAACUACUGAUGUAUUUAACCUUGAUCAUCAUAAUGAAGAAGAUGACAAUACUCCUACGACUGAUUGGGAAUUUUGGACUGCAUUGAUCCAAGAUUAUACAGGAGUAGCAGCAAGGCUUCCACACUUGCUCGCGGCAAAGAUACAACAAGGAGUGCCGGCUACUCUAAGAGGUCUAAUUUGGCAAUCAAUGUGUCAAGCCUCAUCUACUUACUUGGAGACCAUGUAUUCACAAUUAUUAGUAGAAUCUUCGCCUUAUGAUAGAAUCAUCCAACGGGAUCUUGCAAGAACUUUUCCUCAUAUAGAAAUGUUUAAAGAGGAAGGUGGCCAAGGUCAAACUAUGCUUUGGAAUGUAUUAAAAGCUUAUAGUUUAUAUGAUCCUUUAGUGGGUUAUUGUCAGGGAUUAGGAUUUUUAGUGGGUCCAUUAUUAAUGAAUAUGAAUGAAGCUCAAGCAUUCUCCGUUUUUGUUCGUUUAAUGGAAACAUAUGACAUGCGAUCCAUGUUUACUCUCAACAUGGAAGGACUUCAAUUACGUCUCUACCAAUUUUCAAGCCUUCUUUCACAAAUCCUUCCAAAACUGCAUGCUCAUUUCCAGCAUCACGCUGUUCACGCGGCGAUGUUUGCAUCUCAAUGGUUUCUAUCACUCUUCGCAUACACAUAUCCAUUGCCUCUAGUACUCCGAAUUUAUGAUGUAGUAUUUGCGGAAGGCGCGCCAGAAACUAUCAUGCGCGUUGCAAUUGCAUUAUUACAAAGGAAUGAAGAGAAAUUGUUGGAGAUGGGAGAGUUUGAGGAUUUAUUGGAUUUUCUUACCACUCGACUCUAUGAAUCUUAUGAUAACAAGCCGACCGGUUUGAUCAAAGAUGCAAUGGGGUUGAGUUCUGUAAUUACCAAGGCUAAAUUGGAUGAAUUGUCGGGUAGUUAUCUUAAGGAAUUGGAGGAACAAAAGAAACGUGCUGAAGAAUUGGUCGCUGUUCGAUUCCAAGGAAGAUUUGGCAGAGCAAGCAAAGACAACAAUAAAAAGACCGUUGAAAAACCCACUAAACCAAAGAGUCCAAGUUCUGCAAUGCUUCAUCAACAGAUUGAGGACUUGGUUACCGCAUUAUCGGAAUUACAGAAAGAACAUGCGGAUAUCACUGAACAAUUGGUGAAUAUUAAAAUGGAAAAAAUGGAUUUAGUGACGGAAGUGGAAAGUUUAAGAAGCCGAGUUCGAGAUUUGGAAAAAGAAAAGAAAAGAAUGUCUACUGCGUCAUCUUUAUUGUCUAUUGAUUCGGCCAUUGCAUCUAAUUACGAUGGAAUUACAACAUCAAGAAGAGGAUCUGCUGCUUCAGGUUCAUCAUUGGCUAUUUUAUCACUUCAGUCAGAAGAUAUUGACUCUACUCCACGCCAAUCAACUGAAGUUAAGUCCAAAAGAGCAACAGCACCAUUACCAACAAAUGUUGAUCCCGCUGAUAUGUCAAAACUCCGUAGGGUUUCCGCACCUUCUUUCGUGACUGAUUCUCGUGGUUUCAACACGACAUCCUCUUCAUCGUCUGCUUCCAAUUCCACUUGCAAUACUUCUCCAACCACGGAAAUCUCUGAAUUCGAUGCCAUCGAUCUUUCAUCAGACAGUCAAAAACUUGAAGUUUCAAGUAAUGAAAGUGCAAUCACUGAAGAAUUGAUUCAAGUUAAAAUGGAGAAGUUUGAAUUAAUGCAGGAAAAUGAUGAAUUACAAAAACGCAUUGAGGAAUUACAAUUAUCAUUGAACGAGUCAUUGGAUAAUCAAGAAACACUACAAGAAAAGAAUGUCUUCUUACGCCAAGAAAUCGAAAGACUCGACGAGGAAGCAGCCACAGCUGUAUAUCAACAACAAACGAUGGAAAAAGAUGUUAAAGAAUACAAAGAAUUGAAAUUGGAAAAUGUCAAAAUACAUAACGAGAAUGAAAACCUUAAAACACAAGUUGAGGCAUUGGAAGAAAAAGUUAAACUAUUGCAAGAUAUUAUUCCCAACGAUUUUGCAGGGAAUCUCCCAGCUACAAAUACACAAGAUCGCUCUUAUAGACGCGUAUCUUUUAUGGGUCUCUUUGGAGGAGCCGUUGCUGCUACCACUCCAAAACCGGUCAACGUAGGAGCAAAUAGCGAGUCAAAUAGAAGCUCUUUGAAUGGCAGUCCAACAAAUGAGAGUGAUUACGCGUUAGUAUGUAGAGGUGAUUGUGAAAUGGCUAAAAAAGUAGAAGAAAUGGAACUAAUUAUUAAUGAAUUUAAAUUACGUUUGACUGAGAGUGAAGAAGCUAGAGAAUCAAUGAGUUCACAAUUGGAUGGUCUAAGAAUGUUGAUUAACGGAUUCUCUGAAGAUCUUCCUGAAACACUUCCACUCCCACCAAAAUCACCAUUAUUGACUCCGAUAACUCCGAUAAAUUCACGAGAUAGUCAAAG